AUGAAAUCAAGUAUAGGAGCUAAAAACACAAAUAAGGAAUCAGACACAACUUCUGAGGAAGAUACUGAUACUAAUGAGAAUCACUACGCCGAUACUGACGAUGAUUACUUAAAUUUUGAUGACGAGCUGACUAUGCGAGAAAUAGAAACAGAAGUAUUGAACGAGACAAACCAAAACAAUGAAGUAAAAGUUUUAUCUGAAGUACGAUUCACACCUGAAAAUGAAGCUUAUUUUAACUAA